UAAUCGAACAAAUGUUACAGAUCUGGCAACCUUUCCUUUCGCGCAUACUAUCACUUUCUUGCUAUUUUUGGCUCCUCACAUGCUCUUCCCAUUUGAAGGGCUUCAUCUUGCGACUUGCAGAGAUUGGGAUGGUGAGCCGUUGGGGGCCAGUGGUGGUGGGAAGACUGGCUGCGACGAAGCUGGCGGAGGUGAGGAUGGCGCAUGCGAGGGUAUCGAAGGUGAUGGUUGGUGUAGCGAGGGGCGAGAGAAGAGGCGAAUCGUCGCCUCAUGCCUCGAUCGCCAUUGUCGCUGCUUUCCUCCUGCCUCCUCUAUCCGAUACCCGUCUUCUCUUGUCGUUGUCUGUCUCUUUGGGCGCCUCGUUGACGUUCUUCAUAGCCACAACGACGGUUUCUGUAGAGAGAGGUGGUGAAGUGAAAAGGCAGUUCGUGAGGAAAGAGGGAAUGAGUUGAGUGGCAAUGGGUUGAAGGAGCGGUGAUAAUUGAGUUUUUAUAUGAGGGUUUUUAUGUAAUAUUACUAAACUAUCCUUGAAUUAAUCCUGACCCUAGAAUAAUUAUUUUAUGCUAAUGGUUAUUAUAGAAGUUAGUAUGGUGCUAACUCCUUAAGGGGUUAGCAACCAAUCUAAUUCCAAUUCCAUUGGGUCUAAAAUUUGGGAAUUAAAAUUCCUAUCAAAAGUGAUAGGAAUUGAGAGAAUGAAGAUGAAAUUAAUGG